AUGGGUCUUAGCAGUACAGCAUUCAUUCUUUUUCGUACUGAUUGUAAGGAUCUUCGUGAGAAUGGUUACACUACUUCCGGUGUAUACCCGAUUUAUCCUUAUGGUAUUGACCUCAGUCCUAUCAACGCUUACUGUGAGAUGACCACAAUGGGUGGCGGCUGGGCGGUUAUACAAAAAAGAGUUGAUGGAUCUUUAGACUUUUACAAGAACUGGGAGGCAUAUAAGAUUGGUUUCGGUACACCGGAACAGAAUGUUUGGAUCGGAAAUGAUGUAAUUCAUCAGUUAACAAAGGGAAAUAACUCGUCCCUUUAUGUCUCCAUCACUUUCUGGAAUGGUACAAGUCUGUACGAGUUGUAUGAAAACUUCGCCAUUUCUGACGAAACAGAGAAGUAUAAACUAUUUCUGGCAGGAACUGCAGAGGGGACCUUAGGUGACAGUAUGUUGAACACGGGGGAUCCUACACGUGACCUGUCUGGGAUGUAUUUCUCCACUCCCGAUAGAGACAACGAUCGUUUGAGUGGAGGAAGCUGUGCCGCGCACUUUAAAGGAGGUUGGUGGUUCAAUAAAUGUUACCGCGCUUUCCUGAACGGUCCAGCAUAUAUUUAUUGGCCUUGGUACCCCGCAGUUGAAUACGGCACCUCUGUCAGGGGAACUCUGAUGAUGAUCAGGCGGCACUAG